AUGACACUCAAGUAUCGAUUGUCAUACGCCAAUAAAGAAGACGAGAAUCAUUUGUUGAAAGCCCUAACUUUGAAAUCAAAAAUUAAUUUUGUUAACUUAAACACCUCACUUGGACAUAAAAAUGUUUGUGGAAAGUACGUCAUUUGCAGAUUGUUCGACAUGCCUGACAGUUGCUGUGCUAUACAAUGUGAAAAUAGAAGAGAUGGAAGUAACAAAGAAUUGAGUUUUUACAGAUUCCCUACUAACAAGACUGAGAAAACGAAGAAACGACGGAAAAGGUGGAUAGCUGCGCUAAGGCGAAAGAACUGGCCUGAAAGUGAAAUUCAAGUGGAUAAUGCACGAAUCUGUAGUGCCCAUUUCGUGACAGGAAAAAAGUCAGAUGAUCCACAACAUAUUGACUACAUCCCAUCAGUUUUCUCUUUUAAACCAGCAGUCAAGAGAAAAAGUUUGCAUGAUCUUGAUCGAUAUGAAAGAUUAAAAAAAAGAAAAGCUACAUCUAAUGCUAACCUCUUUAAAAAGGAAGAAUCUGUUGGUGUUCAGAAAAGCAAGGAUGCUGAGGAAAGUCUAGUAGUAGAUGAACCCGACUUUAAAGCAACAGCUGACAAAGUGGUUCAAACAAUUGCUGGUAUUGACUUAAUUCAGAAAUAUAGGGAGAUGUCGUUGAAAACAGAAAUAAAGAGAAAGGAUCAUGAAAUUAAAAAGUUACAUCAGCAACUACUCCAAGAGAAGUCUAAACAAAAAGAAGUCGAAAUUUCAAAAUUACGUGUUCAGUUAAAACAACCAACUUGCUAUUAUAACUAUUUGAAGACCAAACCUAAGGACUUGGCUUUUUUAACUGGUGUACCAAAUGCAGGUGUUUUUGAAUGGAUUGUAGAUAUGAUUAAGGAGAAUACUGAAAUUAUAAUUCAACGUCUUGGUUAUGAAAAUCACCUGAUGAUAGUCCUAAUGAAAAUUAAGCUUGGGUUAAUGAACCGUGACUUAAGCUUAAGAUUUGGAAUCAGUGAAGGGAAUAUUUCUAAAAUAUUUCGUACUUGGAUACAACCCUUGGCCUUAUUGCUCCGAAAUUUUAUUGUUUGGCCAGAUAAAGAUGCAAUGCGCUCAAAUUUACCAUCUUCAUUUAAAAGUUUUAAGAACUGCAUUUCCAUUAUCGAUUGCACAGAAAUUUUUAUAGAAAGACCAAUAAACUUAACCGCACGUGCACAGACCUACUCUAACUACAAAAACCACAACACAAUAAAAUACCUGAUUGAAAUUACCCCAACUGGUACUGUGAGUUUUCUAUCAGCAGGAUGGGGAGGUCGUGCAUCUGACAAGACUAUUACAAUCAAUUCCGGCUUUUUGGACUUAGUUACGCAUGGAGAUUGUGUACUUGCGGAUAGAGGUUUUUUAGUUGAAGAGGAGCUUGCAACCCGUGGUGCUGUGUUACGUAUACCUGCAUUUACUAGGGGUAAAAAACAGCUAACAGCACGUGAUGUUGACAUCUCACGACAAAUUGCACAUGUGCGAAUACAUGUUGAGCGAGUAAUUGGUAGACUUAAGAAAUUUAAGAUCCUGUCAUCCAUAAUCCCUAUAACACAGGUGGAUUUGACUGAUGAAAUAAUGAUAUCAGUCUGUGGACUAGUAAAUUUAAAUCCAAGUGUUGUAACAAAAAAAUAG